AUGGCCAUUCUCAGUGUACUUUCGUUCGAUUCAGAGGGCCGUCCAAUACAGUCCGACGCGUGGCUAGAUGACUUGCAGCAGUACUUCCUAAGCGAUUCUAGGGACGGUGUCUCGCUGUUUGACCUCAUGUCUGGCGUCUCUCUCGCCCCUCCCAGCCCAGCUUACAGUGCGACUCGCUCACAGUGUCUUACCCAUGACGCUGCUGCUCGCCUAGCCGUUCGCAACAACCUGCCGUUAGCCGAGCGUGCUCACUUUGGCCAGCACAAGACUGCUAGAGCCCUGUACGACGGUGUAGUCGCUCGUUACUCCUCCCUGGCCACUGUUGCUCUAGGCCGUCUUAUACUGCCUUACCUGUUCCCAGAGCUGUCCGCCUUUGCUACAGUCGCCGACCUCGCCACUCACCUUUGCACUAGUGACGUCCGCUACCGAGCCGCGCUUCGUGCCAAGUUUCUAGCCAAGAACCUUCCUCCCAUGUACAUCACACUCUACUACAUCGUCACCCGCCAUCCUGACUCUCUUGGCGCACUCAAGGACCUCCUUCUCGCCCUUGACCCCACAGCCCUCACUGUCGACCUGCUCGAAAAGCACCUCCUUGCAGCUGAGACUAGCAUAGUCACUGUAGGCGCUUCUCGUGGCACUCCUUGCACUCCCUUCUUUGAGGAGUGUUCCCCCUCCCCCCUUGUCCCCUUUGUCGCUUUUGCUGCUGCUGUUGACUUCCUUCGUGCUGAGGAAGUCGGGUCAGCGUCUGCUCCUAGAGGGAGGCGCCACAACGGCAGGAGCAAGGGAGGUAGUGGUCGCUGCCCGUAUGUCAUUCGCGCAGGUGUUCGCACUGGCCAGACAUGCGGAAAGCUUCACACCUAG